UCCCAGUAUGUGACGCAACGUUCAGCAGGGCGAUGGGUCAGGUUUUGCUGACAUGUGGACUGGCACGUUAGUUUAUGAUCAGUGUUGUAAGUGUGCUGGUCGUAAAUUUAAAAGAGAAGACAUGGUAACUGGAUUUUACGAAUUGUACGAUGCCUCAAGACACCAGGUCCCACUGACUGACCAGCUCGUCUGCUGGUGACCAGCUGAAAAGUAUGUACCGGUGGCUGUUGCGGCUGAAGCGGACCACAGGCGGUUCCGUGUUCCUGCUCCUCAUCUCCAUCUACUUCCUGGGCUUCAGUCUGCUGGAGAUCCCCGGCAUCGCCAUCACGCUCUGGCAGGCGGGCAGGGGUUUCGUGCGGACCAGAGGAGUCCCCCAGGACCCUGGCUGCCCGGGCCCGGCAUGCCAGCAGGACCUGCUGACCCUACUGAAGGGGGCAGUACAGGGGAACCACUCCCAACAACAGCUGCUCCAGGACCAGUUCGGCAUCAGCCUCCAGACUCUCAUAGACAACGCUAAACCUAGGGUAGAUCUUAACAAAACUCUACAAGCUGUAGGGAACGAUUCCGCCGUGGAGAAAGGGCUGUUACAGAGUGAUAAUAGAACUACUGAGAAUACGACUGCAGUGGAAGAGGAGUUUUUCUACUAUGUGCGCAGUAAGGAUGGUUCGUCCAGACAGAUUUCGGGCAAACAUCCGGUGGUCAAGAUUCACCAGGACGUUAACCUCACCGCCAUCAUGGAGGCCUUCCACCAUCCAUGGAAUAGAGAUGACACAUCAUUAUCAUUAACCAGGUCUGAACUGGAGCAGUGCUGCUCCAGCCGCAAGAUGGCGCUCAUGACCCAGGAGAACUACGCGGUUGGCCAGCGCGUUCCCAGCGCCUUCAACCUCACUCAAUUCUACACGUUGACGGAGAAGAUUCACAACUUAUUACGAAAGAAAUCGCCGUUCCCAGAGAAGCUUUACAAGACGUGUUCAGUAGUGGGAAACAGCGGAGUCCUGAGAGAGAGUAACUGCGCCGACCACAUAGAUGGCGCGGACUACGUGUUCAGGUGUAACAUGCCGCCCCUGAACGAUAAAAGACAUCUCUCCCACGUGGGGACCAAGUCCAACUUCACCACAGUGCCAAUGUCAAUGCUUAGAAAAUACGGGAAGAUCGAGAAAUCACAGGAGCUGAAGGACCGGUGGUACAACCAAACCCUGCAGUACGAGGGCAUGGUCAUCAUCAAGAAACCCAAAGACUCCACGGCUGUGAUGCAGGCAGAGCUGGAGAAGAGGCGCACGGACCUGAGAGUGGCGUACGAGGACCCCGCUCACUUCAUCGCCGUGCAGAAGUACUGGGCACAGCGGGGACUGCCCAGGAAAAUUACCUCAGGCUUUUACGUCAUCACGGUGGCGCUGAUGCUGUGUGAACAGGUGAACGUGUACGGCUUCUGGCCGUUCCCGUUCGACGACUCCGGCGGCAAGGUGCGCUACCACUACUACUACGCGCCCAUCUUCGUGGCCCCGGAGACUCACGACAUGGCGGUGGAGUUCAUGAAGGUUAGAGAGCUGCACCAGAAGGGCGUGAUCAAGAUGCAGCUGGGGAAGUGUCAGGACAAGAAACCGGUCAGAAAACAUAGAAAACUGUGAACGAGUUUAGAGAGGACCAACUCGGUGGAAUGAACACCAGGAUAGAUGUGUAAAAUGACAUGUUAUUUGGGUGGUUGACUGUUCACAGUCAGGGGUACUGAGAUGUGAGGUUACAGGAGGCAGGGGUGAAGUGCAAGGCUCUGG